AUAUGAUCUAAGCAUGCCUGAGUUGAGUUGUGAGGCAUGCCAAGCCACUUGGGCUGCUGGAGUGGUCGAGUUAAAUCGAAGUGACUACUGGCCUGCGACCCUUAACCUUGCCACAAUUUAUGCCACAGAUGUCUUUUUUCAUUUGAAGAAAUGAAGAUGGUAGCACCAGGACUGUCCUGCCAAGCUUUUUCAAGAAUGCUGGAUCAGCGAACUGUCCGUUUUGGUCGUACUGGCAAGAUCUCCACAGACAGUUUUCAGAAAAGCUUUUUUGAGUGGGUGGAUGUCCGUUUUGAGGUGGACAAAAUCUGCAAGGAAGAGCCUUUCAUCUGUCCUGCAUGCACCCCAGAUAUUCUGGCAGUUUCAGUAGAUGGAAACCGCAAGCUUUACCCUUUCAAGAAUGCAGCUAGAUCUGAAGAACAGGCCAUAUUUGAAGACGUCUUUAUAGCUAUGGAUGAAGAUGUGACAAGAUUUGUGGACUACAUUCACAAGGCAUCCAAAUAUGUCAGUGGAAGAGGUGUUUGUGGAGGGGAGUGGUCAGCAGCCAGAGAGACCUCCCAAAGAUCUGCUAGAAAGGUAGACGAGGAGGGACUGGAGCUUGCGGUGUGUCGGCAUGGAGUGCUACUCUGUGCGUUAAAUAUGUACGGGGGGAAAUUUAUGCUUAUCCCCUGUACCUGCAAAAAUGGCUGGCUAGUAGGCAAAUCACCUUUUUUUGUAUGGAUGUGACCUGCAAAUAUUGGCCUUACCUCCAAAGAAUUGCAAAAAGCUGCCCAGAGCUCCAGCACCUUCUUAACAUGAAGCCCUUUCUUUCAGUAUUCCAUGCCAAAGCCCAUGAUUUUAAGUGCGAAGUAAAAUGGAGUGGAGCAUAUCAGGAUGGGGCUGGUUUAACACUAGGAGAAGAGGUGGAACAGUGCAAUGCUUUCCUCUCCAGGAUUGCAGUGACCACAAAACACAUGUCUAAAGCAGGACACACAGACAUGCUGACUCUCAUGGCCAUGUGCUGGAAUCAACAAAAGUUCAACAAUUUGGCCACCACACUGAGCUACCGAUAUCAGAAGACCACGAAAGCUCUGCAAAGCCAGUUGCAAAACCUAGAGUGCAUGAAGGUCGAACUGACAGUGACAGAGAGCCAAUUGGAAGACUGGGUCAAUGAUGUAAAGGAGUGGGCAGACGCAACAACAACAACCACCACAAGUGAUGUUGAUGCUUUGGCCAGCAGAAUUGAGGUGCUGGUGGCGAGUAUCAAGAGGCGUUCCCAGCGUCUCUAUAAAGAUACAGAUGGCAACAAAGGUCGUGCCAGGAUCCGCCGCAAGAUCAGGGAAGAGAAGGGGAUCCUGACAUCGGUUGUGGAGAAAUACAACAUAAUGGUUCCAAAAACAGAAACUCUGUGCUUGGAAACCAUUUUGUCUGGUGAGACAGCUUGGCCAUGGCAGCUACCACACAGUGACACUGUUGAUUUAAGGACAAAAAGAAAGGCAUUCGACAUCAUCAUGUCACUAAGGCGACUUCAGGAAGAGCAGAAAAUUGUUGUUGCAGAGAUGAAUCAACAUUGGAAAUAUCUUUCAACUCGUGCAGAGACCCUCCGAGAACUGUCUUGCUUGUUUGCCAGCGAGAGUCUGAAAAAUUCACAAUGUGGCCUAAGUGAAGAAGGUUUAAAAGGUCUGCAGAGCAUCAUCCACAGAAAGCAACAUAAAAUCAGAGAUAUGAGGGUGCAAGCAAGAGACUGUUACCGGCAUGUUUUGUCUGGAGCUGAGAACAUCAACUUUUUAAACAAAUCGCCAGCUGAUGACUAUGACAGUGACAGUGACUUUGAAAAUUCUGAUGAUGAACUGUAAUGUAAAAACCUUUUUUUUUCUUGACAGUGAA